AUGUUCGAUAAGAACCGAAGCCUGGCUCUCUCAUGCUAUGAAUCAUCCUCAGAUCAAGGUAACGUCUACCUGAUCAACAGAAUGUCGACCGAUAAGAUUACAUUCUUGAUGAACUGGCACGCAACGCCAUAUCAUGCACCUGUCUACCUUGCUCAGAAGCUUGGAUAUUUUGCCGAUGAAGGCAUCAAAGUAGCUCUUCUCGAGCCUAAUGAUCCAAGUGAUGUUACCGAAAUUAUUGGCUCCGGAAAGGUUGAUAUGGGGUUCAAAGCUAUGAUCCAUACUCUUGCCGCAAAAGCUCGGGACUUUCCUGUGACCUCAGUUGGCUCCUUACUUGAUGAACCAUUCACCGGUGUGGUUUACCUCAAGGACAGUGGAAUUACCACCGACUUUCGUAGCUUGAAGGGAAAGAAGAUCGGAUAUGUUGGGGAGUUUGGAAAGAUCCAAAUCGAUGAGUUGACCAAAUACUAUGGAAUGGAACCAACCGAUUAUGAAGCCAUCCGUUGUGGUAUGAAUGUCUCAAAGGCUAUCAUCGAAGGAAGCAUUCAUGCCGGUAUCGGAUUGGAGAACGUACAAAUGGUUGAAUUGGAAGAAUGGCUCGCAGGUCAAGGACGCCCUCGAUCUGAUGUUCAAAUGCUCCGUAUUGAUGAGUUGGCCGAACUCGGAUGCUGUUGCUUCUGUUCCAUCUUGUACAUUGCAAACGACACCUUCAUGGCACAAAAUACAGAGAAGACUCGCAAAUUCAUGAAAGCCGCCAAGCGUGCAACUGAUUACGUCCUUACUUCUCCAGCCGAAGCUUACAAGACGUACAUUGACAUCAAGCCUGAGAUGGCAUCUCCUGUCAACCGUAAGAUCUUUGAGCGAUCUUACGCAUACUUUUCGAAGGAUUUGAAGAAUGUCCAGCGUGAUUGGGAGAAAGUCACCAAGUAUGGCAAACGUCUUGGUGUUUUAAGUGAAGACUUUAGUCCCAACUACACCAACGAAUUCCUUGACUGGACACUUGAAGGUGAUUCAGCUGAUCCAACCGGUGAUCAGAAGAGAAUGGCCGUGUUGCAACAAGAGGUCGCCGAUAAGGGGGGCUUCAAGAGACUUGACAUUAAAGUUGCUGCAUGA